ACAGAGCUAUUGCUACCCCAUAUUAUUAUCGAAUAUUAUUACCGUAAAAGCGCAUUAUAAAUGGAUGCAACCGGCUAGGAUUUGAAAUAUCAUGCGAAAGGAGUACCAUGGGCCAAACAGGCGAGGGUGUGCAACUUACUGCUUGAAGAACACUGAGAAGUUUACAAGGCAGCUCGGGAGAGCGAGCUGCCUCUGGGCUUACAGCUCACAGGAAAAGCCGAGGUCGCAGAAAGAGGCCUCGUAGUGUUACUCGCCUUGAUGUGGGAAUAUUUUAAUACAGCUCACUCUCACAAUAGGAUAUUUGACCUGAACUGACUUGGAAUGACGGACUGGGUAUCCUGAUGUGUGUGUGGUGCUGUGAGUGGCAUUGCAGCCCCCUGCCUCAGGAGUGGACUGUCGCUGCCAUUCUGACCUCGUGAUCCCAGCUUCCCUCCUUCCCCCUCCUUUCCCCCUGUCCCUUCAUCCCUACUCCCCUCUCCCACCCCCUUCCCCCCUCCCUUGCGACGCUGUGCUUGAAGUCAUGAGCAUAGCAAUCGCACUGGGAGUCACCACACCUGAGAAACCUUACACAGACAUGGCCGCCGGAUCAGAUCCUGAGUCAGUGGAAGCGAGCCCUGCAGUGUAUGAGAAGAAAUACUCCAACCACAGCUGUGAAAGUGCACAGAAUAACGGCUACCGGGGCCUUCCCUAUGCUAUGCAUCAGUCUUCCUUCGUGUGUUAUCAGGAUCAUAACUAUGGAGCGCCACCCCCUCCUACUCCACCUGCCUCUCCACUUUCCCAGACCAUCAUUCCCCGUUUGGAGCUCAAUGGUGCCCUCGGUCGUUCCCGAGCCCGGUACCACUCCAGCAACCCUGACAAUUCAGCAGACAGCGAUAGCUCAUCCGAGGACGAGGAGGGUACCGUACCAUCCGGCUGGUGUCAGUGCCGCCUGAUGUCAGAUGGCUACCUCAUCAAGUGUGAGAACUGCAGGGGUCUGGACAGGAGGAAAGGGCUGGGUAGACAACGUCGAAAGCAGGACAAUGUGUCAGUAGGAGAGAGCAGUGUGACAGAAAGUGGAGAUGAGGAGGUCUCGGCUGCGACCGUGUCAUACACAGCCACUCAGCACACACCCACCAGCAUCACGCUCACCGUCAACCGAGUCAAACGCAGCAAAGCCAAAAAGAGGAAGAAGAGCACAGAAAAAUCACGGGCCACUCCUAAGGCGAAAAAGGUCAAGGCCUUUCGUGAAGGUUCCAGAAAAUCCUUAAGGAUGAAGAACUCGACCAGCGAGGCAGGUGUGCUGGAUGAGAACACAGCUGAAGGCUGGGAGACGCGCAUCCGGCAGUGGACUGAUCAGUAUGAGGAGGCCUUGGCCAAUCAGUAUAGUGCUGAUGUACAAAAACUCCUUCAGCUCCACCGGUCAGUCAACAAGAAUUCGUCGAGUCCAGUUGCCCUUACUAUGGAUACUAUUAACCGCACUGAGCUGGCCUGCAAUAACACAGUGCUGAGCUCUCAAAUGCAGUUACAGCUGGGACGUGUAACACGUGUGCAGAAACACAGAAAAAUCCUACGGGCAGCACGAGAUUUGGAACCUGACACUCUUAUCAUUGAGUACAGAGGCAAAGUCAUGCUCAAACAACAGUUUGAAGUCAAUGGCCACUUCUUUAAAAAGCCCUACCCAUUUGUACUGUUCUACUCUAAAUUUAACGAGGUGGAGAUGUGUGUGGAUGCACGGACGUUUGGCAACGAUGCUCGCUUCAUCAGGAGAUCCUGUACACCCAAUGCUGAGGUGCGGCAUAUGAUCGCAGAGGGGAUGAUUCACCUCUGUAUCUAUGCAGUUACUCAAAUCUCUAAGGACUCUGAAGUUACAAUUGAGUUUGACUACGAGUUCAACAGCUGUAACUACAAGGUUGACUGCGCUUGCCAUAAAGGCAAUCAGAACUGCCCAGUGCAGAGGCAUAACCAAAGCCCGUCCGAGUCUCUGCCUCCACCACAGAAUCCACUGCCUAUCUUGCCAGGGGCUGAAACUCGCAGGAGACGGGCUCGGCGAAGGGAGUUAGAAGGAAGUGGGCCGAUCGGGAACGUGUCUGAUGAUAGCAAUCAGCUGUUGGAUGAGCAUGGGGAGAUGCAGGAAGCUAGUGAUGCUGAGGAAACUGAUGGUGUAAAGCAAGAGGAGGGCCAUGAGGAGAUUGAUGAAACUCUCUUGCCUAAUAGACGGUCUCGAGAGGACCGCAAAGCUGAGGCCAUCAUGCAUGUGUUCGAGAAUUUGGAAAAAAGAAAAAAGCGGGUCUUUCAUGGUACAGAACGGGGUUCACUUGACGAACUUAAACAGGAAGGGACAGAAUUUGAAGAGGGUAGGGCCUCCUCCCCCGUAGGAGCCAACCCAGGUCAAAACACACCAGUGGCUGGAGGUGUAAGCACUCGCCGCACAUCUUUUGCCUCGGAUACUAUUGAGACCCCAUCUACGCCACUUGCCACUCCUAAACCUCCCUCAGCUCGUUCAGCAAAACCACGACCCAAGAGCCGCAUCUCACGUUAUCGUUCAGGCUCUGCCCAGCGUGCUCGGCGCCAGAGGCAGGCUCUUCUGGCACAGCAGGCAGCUGAAGCAGGUGCAGCCGGCGCUGAAGAGGGAGGCUCUACAGUUGGCACAGGGGAGCUAGUGCUCGGGGACGGAACUCUGGGGCCAGGACAAACUCAGGAUGGAGAUUGUGGAACAAAUUCUGCAGCUCUAGGAAAGGCAUGCCUGAGAUACCCCAAAACCAAAAAGUACCUGGUCACCGAGUGGUUGAAUGACAAAGUCCCGGAGCGUGUAGAGGAGCCUAUAGAACAGCCCCUGCGCAUCACCACAGAUCCCACCGUGUUGGCAACUACUCUUAACAUGCUGCCAGGCCUUUCACAUUCUCCCCUCAUAUGCACCACACCUAAACACUACAUCCGAUUCGGCUCCCCCUUCAACCCUGAAAGACGCCGCCAGCCACUUACUGUCGAUCCAGCCUAUGGCUCCUGUAAGAAGAGGUGGAUAAAGCAGGCGCUGGAUGAGAGUAUAUCCUCUACCUCCAAGGAGGAUGGAGUCGGUUCCAAUUCUUUGCACCAAAGUAGCUGCGGCAACACGGCCAGAUCUGAGUCGACAGCGCCAAUUAAAAAGAGAAAGGUGAAGAAUGCACCAGAGGUGGUGGCACCUCCAUCUGAACUUUUGCUUCGACCUUUGUCCCCAAUCACGCCACCGCCCUCGUCUGAGCCCUCCCUGAGCACCAUGCGCCCUCUUUUCUCUUCAUGCGCCUUAUAUUUAGGAGCUGAUGAGGAAAGGCAUAAUGGUGCAGCACCUCCCUACUCCCCUCUACCGUCUCUUUCUGCCAGCCGGUGCAACACACCUCUGCUGUUUGAGAACAUCUCAUCCCCUGAGGCAUCACCUGUACACCGACCAGAAUCUAUUUCCCCAGAGCCAUGUUUGCGACCAGACUUCGAUACACCUCGAAUUUCCACCUUUCCUGAUCUUUCCCUGAACUCUGGCAUUUGCAGUCCUGUCCCAAUGUCCGAUGACUUUCCCAUUACUGGUCCAGAGUCUCUUGGAGGAUCCGGAGAUAGCGGCUCUCUCACACCAGUCCCCGUAUCAAACGUCAGCGACUCAUUGGGCUCACGCUUGAAUGAGGCGCAGGCUAGAGAACAGGUCUUUAGGACAGAGUUCAACCUCAUUUACACCUGCUCUCCGCUUAAUGCCAACCUGGCAACUGGUCCUGUGACAGACAGAGGCCAUUCCCAGUCAGAGGGCAGCUUCUCCCCUGCUGAGUCCUACUUCAGCACUGUCAGUGGCCAGGGGCUGGUCUCAGAGCCGGGGUCUGGUUCUUUUUCACCUUAUCCAGAGCCUCAGUUUGGGAGUGGCACACCUCCUCAUACCGGCAAUCCACCACAGAAAAAGAAGAAGGCCACAGGAAGUGGCAUUAGUCAGCUCCCAGGUUUGCCUUGUUACCAGGCACUAACUGUAAGGAAUGAAUUCAAGCCAGGGCAGAAUAUGGUUUCCUUGCUGGAGUACAGAAAAAGGAAACAGGGGACACGUGACUCUGAGACUGGAGGCUCCAUUGGUACCCCUACUCGCCCUGGUUCUUUGUGCCACAGUGCCGAGUCCCCUGGUGGACCACGCUCGCUGUUGCAGCCCCCUGCAUCCCCACACAGCUCCUUUUCCUCUCCAGCCCACCAUAGUUUUCCACAAAUAGAGGAGGUCAGUCCUCCAGACCUCAGCUCCAACAUAGGAAAUCAUUCGCAGACCUCCAGCCACUGGAUGGUGCCGACAUCAGUAGAAAGGUUAAGAGAGGGACAAGGAGUUUUAGAGCGUGUUCUGAGGGGCAACGUAAAGAUGGAACGAAUCCUUAAUAGGACAGACGGUGGAGCUAGUGAACAUUCGAAUAGCCGAGACAAGGAUAAUGAUGAAGUGGAAGGAGAUAGAUUUGAUCUCCAGAGCUCAUCUUUGGCUUCCCCUAUGAGAAGUCCCCAGAGGUACAGCCCAUCUGUCCACCCACACCAGUUGCAGGCUCACCUGUCUGAAUCCCAUCCACAUCUGGAAAGCCCUGCCUACCACCAGCAGAGCUCCUCAUCUCCGUUCCAUCCCUCCUUCAGCUCCUCCCCUUCACCCUCCUCAUCCUCAGUGGUCCAGGGCUACCAUCCCUCUCGACUGGGCACGUCCACUCCAGGACACCUUGUCCAGGAAGUACUUUCCUCAUCAGUUCCUCCUUCCUCAGUGGACACCAGACACCAUCACAAUGCAGCAGCAGGAGGGAUGGACCUCUCGCACCUCUACCCGGGCAGCCAUCUAAAAGCCAGCUUAUUGAACAGCAGCACUCUGUCAGGGUCUGUGAGUGUGUCCUCUAGAGGCCAGGGCCACUCAAAAAUGGACAGCUGUGCUGCCAUUAGCAAUCAGGCCUCCAACACAUCCAGACUAACCCAGCCACCCACAGUGCGAAAUCUAAAAGCUAGCAGCCCUGGACCCUCAGUGCUGCAGGCCAGCUCCAAACUUCUCUCAGCCAGCGGAGCACAGCACUACCCACAGCGGCAUUUACAGCAGCCCCCUAUGCAAGGCUCAGGGGUACGGACACAAUCUGGGACCUACUAGGACCCUAAGCAUCUUUGUGGGACAGCAUGUAUGUGAGUGAGAAUGUGUGAGUGAGCGUGUCACCCUCCUCAACCAAACCUGUGGAAAAGUUUGGGGUUGUGGAGGUGACUUGAUGUACAGCCAUGAGAGGACUAUAGACUCUUGUAAUUAAUCGUUUCCGUUCUUUCUUUCAUUGGUUCUUUCUUUCUCUGCUGACAUUUGUCCCCCCCUUUUCACCAAAAAUUUAAAUUUCUGCAAUUUACAUCAAGUCUAAUGUAGACUUCAUUAUAAUCUUCCAAUCAGUAAAAAUAAAACAGUAACCAGGAGUUAAAUCAUGUGUAACUUUAAAUUUACCCAUAUGCUUUGAAAUAUGUACAAACCUAAUUUGCAGAGUGAAUGGUAAUUUGAUUAAAGCACCUAUGCUGAAUUAAAAAUCUGGGUUAAUGCUCCUGAGCCAAGUUGUAUUCCAUUAGAUCGGCUAAAGUGUGUUUAUUCUGCUUACUCAUAAACAUCAGGUCAGUCUGCUUAAUUAUUCACUGACAGCUAAAUUUUCCCCACUGCAAGAAGUUAGUGUGCUUAAUUCGUAUAAAAUCUGGGGGUAAAUCCAUUGAGUUCCUUAUAAUCAUUCCAUUCAGGUCACUAGAUCUGUAAAGAAUUGAAGAGUAAGGAUCUUUUCAGUCUCAUUAAACAAUUCUUCUUUAGUUCUUUCUGUAUGUGCAGAUUCGCUCUGUAAUACUUGACAACCACACAUUUUAUGGUGCUGCAGUUUGCUCAGUUUUUAGUUUGAUUUUUUUUUGUUUGGGGUUGUUUGAAACCCAGUGUCAUUAUGUCCAUCCACAGUCUGUUCUAAGUUAUAGUUUUAAACGGGACUGGUUUGUUUUCACUUUUGAAGUUGGGUUCUAGUAAAUGUUGCAAGACCUCUGAAAGCUAGAAAUGCACAGGACUUCUUUUAAAAAGCAGGUUAGGGAAAUGUUGUUUUUACUCCGUUAUAGGAUGUAUUACCCUUACCGUUGUUGAAUCCUGCAGGAUUUUUUUUUGUUUUUUUUCAUUGUUGAGAAUUUAUGUUUCUCUCCCCCUGACCAAUCCGUGCAUUCCAUGUGCCACUUGUGUAAGAAAAGGCGCUUUGGCUAAAUGGUUUGAUUGGGAAAAAAAGAUGUGCAGAAAUGGAAAAACAAAAAAAUAAAAGGCGAGCUGCUGGGAUCUCAUAUUAAGUAUUUUAAUGCAAAGUGCUGCUUUCUGAUGUGUCUGUUUUCUUACAGAGUUCUGUACUUUUGUCCGUCUGAUUAUCAUCAUAUAUGCUGAGGUUGAUACCAUGAUGCCAAUCAGAGUGGGACUGAAUAUCAAGUCAAAUGCAAUAGAUGCCACAGUUGCAUCUUGGGAACUGUAUUGUUUGUCUUGAUUGUCGCUCGAAUGGACCUGAAUCAGACUUAAUCCACAGUGAACCAAAACAAAUGAUUUUAUUGUUUUUCUCCCUUGUUCGAAGGACCUUGCAGAAGAUGGGAGAGUGGAUUGGUAUAUUCUAUCAGCUCUGAAAUACAUUUUUGACGUUUGAAAGGCAGGCAUUUUCUGUUCUACCCCCCUCCACGUAUAGAAAAAGACCCAAGGGUACUCACUGAGUUACAUGAAUGUUUUGUUUUUCACAGAAGACUUCAAAAGAAAAAAGAUUAUAUGACCGGAAAUUUACCAGCACCUUAAUUACAGAGGAAAAUGUUAACCAUCAAGAAAACAUUUAUGUAUGAUCAUGUGUACUUGUAUAAAAUGUGUUAUAUACCGUUCCAAAAAAUAUAGUACACUAAAUUUGA